UGCCGCCCGCGUCCAUGCGCUACGGGGCCAAGAUGAUGCCGAUGUUCCUUACCGUGUACCUCAGUAACAACGAGCAGCACUUUACGGAAGUUCCAGUUACCCAGGACACAACGUGUCGAGAUGUGGUGGAUCUGUGCAAAGAGCCCGGCGAGAGCGAGUGCCACCUGGCCGAAGUGUGGUGUGGCUCCGAACGCCCGGUUGCUGAUAACGAGCUACUGUUUGAUGUUCUUCAACGAUUCGGAAGUCGGAGGAACGAGGUCCGUUUCUUCCUUCGCCACGAACGUGCCCCUGGCAGAGACGUUGCGAGUGGACCAAGGCCUCAGGAUGCGGGCUUAAAAAGAAAUGGUGUGAAAGUAGCUGGGGAACAUCGCAGAAACGAGAAUGGUGUUAACAGUCCUAGGAUGGAUUUGACACUUGCAGAACUUCAGGAAAUGGCCUCGCGUCAGCAGCAGCAGAUUGAAGCCCAGCAACAAAUGCUGGCCACUAAGGAGCAGCGCCUAAAGUUUUUAAAACAACAGGAUCAGCGUCAACAGCAACAAGCAGCCGAGCAGGAGAAGCUGAAGAGGCUCCGAGAAAUAGCUGAAAGCCAGGAAGCCAAGCUGAAGGCUGUCAGAGCCCUGAAAGGCCACGUGGAACAGAAGCGGCUCAGCAACGGGAAACUGGUGGAGGAAAUUGAACAGAUGAACAGUUUGUUCCAGCAGAAACAGAGGGAGCUCGUCCUGGCCAUGUCCAAGGUAGAGGAACUUACCCGACAGCUGGAGAUGCUCAAGAAUGGCAGGAUCGAGGGCCACCAUGACAACCAGUCAGCCGUGGCUGAGCUCGACCGCCUCUACAAGGAGCUUCAGUUAAGGAAUAAACUGAAUCAGGAGCAGAAUGCCAAGCUGCAGCAACAGAGGGAGUGUUUGAAUAAGCGGAAUUCAGAAGUGGCAGUCAUGGAGAAGCGUGUUAAUGAGCUGAGGGAUCGGCUGUGGAAGAAGAAGGCAGCCCUGCAGCAGAAGGAGAAUCUCCCAGUUUCAUCCGAUGGAAACCUUCCCCAGCAAGCGGUGGCGGCCCCGAGCCGUGUGGCGGCCGUGGGUCCCUACAUCCAGUCGUCCACUAUGCCGCGCAUACCCUCCCGGCCAGAGCUGCUGGUGAAGCCUGCCUUGCCGGACGGCUCCCUGGCCAUGCAGGCUCCAGAGGGGCCGACAAAGAUGCAGACGCUGCCGAAUAUGAGACUGGGGUCUGCUUCACAAACUAAAGGCUCUCACGUCCACGCGGCCGGCCCUGAGUGGGGACCUUCGAAUGCAGAUCUCUUCCUGAGCCCUGGCUCCUGCGUUCCUCAGAGUGCCGGGAAUGCUGUGGACCCAGGUGAUGAUGGGGAGGUUGCGCUGAGGGAGAAGGAGAGGAAAGUACGACCCUUUUCUAUGUUUGACACAGUCGACCAGGCUGCUGCGCCUCCUGCCUUCGGUCCACUGCGGAAAAACCAGAGCAGCGAAGACCUCUUGCGGGAUGCUCAGGCUGCAAAUAAAAAUGUGGCUAAGGUACCACCUCCUGUUCCUACAAAACCAAAACAGAUCAGUCUGCCUUAUUUUGGACAAACGAAUCAGUCGCCUUCAGACAGCAAGCCCGAUGGGAACCCUCAGCAGUUGUCAGCAGCCGUCCCAGCCUCUGUGGGGAGCAAACCCAAGCCGGCAGGGCCGCAGCCCAGGGUGCUGCUUGGCCCUGGCGCUCCUUCGCUUGGCCAAGACCAAGCCCUGGCUGCCAGUUCUAAGCAGGAGAGUCCGCCUGCCGCCGCUGUCCGUCCCUUCACUCCCCAGCCUUCCAAAGACAGCCUCCUCCCACCCUUCAGGAAACCCCCGACUGUGGCCGCAAGCUCUAUAUAUUCCAUGUACACCCAGCAACAGGCUCCCGGCAAAAACUUCCAACAGGCCGUGCAGAGCACCUUGACCAAGACACACACUCGAGGACCACACUUCCCCAGUGUCUAUGGCAAGCCUGUGAUUGCCGCUGCCCAGGCCCAGCAGCAGCACCCCGAGAACGUUUAUUCCGGCAGCCAAGGCAAGCCCGGCAGCCCAGAACCUGAAGCAGAGCCUGUUGCCUCGGUCCAGGAGAACCACGAAAACGAAAGGAUCCCUCGGCCCCUGAGCCCAACCAAAUUACUGCCUUUCUUAUCUAAUCCGUACCGGAACCAGAGCGAUGCUGACCUGGAAGCCCUGCGGAAAAAACUGUCCAAUGCCCCACGGCCCCUGAAGAAGCGCAGCUCCAUUACAGAGCCAGAGGGUCCUAACGGGCCGAAUAUUCAGAAACUGUUGUAUCAGAGGACCACCAUUGCUGCCAUGGAGACUAUCUCUACGCCUUCAUACCCUGCCAAGUCGGCCGCAGGCUCGGCUGGCUCAGAGAGCCCCAUCGAGGUCAUUCCCAAUCCGUACCUGCAUGUGGAACCCGAAGAGACGGUGUCCGUGGCUCCUGAGCCCUCGUCCCCAGAGGACGUGGCUGGUGUCGGGACAGAGAACAGUGACGUGCCAGCUCCUUCUGCGGGCCUUGACUAUGUGUCUGAAGGUGUUCCCGAUCGCAGUUCCAAUCUCCAGAGCGGCACGGACGAGUCAAACCCAGAGGCUCCCUCCCUGUUUGAGGUGUACCUGGAGGAGUACCCACCGUACCCGCCACCGCCUUACCCGUCUGGGGAACCCGAAGGGCCUGGCGAGGACUCCGGGAGCAUGCACCCCCCUGAGAUCACCGGGCAGGUGGCUCUGCCUCCUGGCAAAAGGACAAACUUACGUAAGACUGGUUCAGAGCGGAUUGCGCAUGGGAUGAGAGUCAAAUUCAACCCUCUUGCGUUACUUCUUGAUUCAUCAUUGGAGGGAGAAUUUGACCUUGUGCAGAGAAUUAUUUAUGAGGUUGAUGACCCAAGCCUGCCCAAUGAUGAGGGCAUCACGGCUCUUCACAAUGCUGUGUGUGCGGGCCACACAGAGAUCGUCAAGUUCCUGGUACAGUUUGGUGUCAAUGUCAAUGCUGCUGAUAGCGACGGAUGGACACCGCUGCACUGUGCUGCCUCGUGCAACAACGUCCAGGUGUGUAAGUUCCUGGUGGAGUCAGGAGCAGCCGUGUUUGCCAUGACCUACAGUGACAUGCAGACUGCGGCCGACAAGUGCGAGGAGAUGGAGGAAGGCUACACCCAGUGCUCCCAGUUCCUGUAUGGCGUUCAGGAGAAGAUGGGCAUCAUGAAUAAAGGAGUCAUUUAUGCCCUUUGGGACUAUGAGCCUCAGAACGACGACGAGCUGCCCAUGAGGGAAGGGGACUGCAUGACGAUCAUCCGCAGAGAAGACGAAGACGAAAUCGAGUGGUGGUGGGCACGCCUCAACGACAGGGAGGGCUACGUGCCUCGCAACCUGCUGGGGCUGUACCCCAGAAUUAAACCAAGACAAAGAAGCCUGGCCUGAAACUGCCACGUUUUAUGUAAUGAAGAGUUGUUUGUUGUCACUAAGAAGUAGUAAGAUUGUUUUCGGUGAAGAUUUUGUGAGACUUACAUAGAUGACAACGUAGCGUGAAGCAGUGAAGCGUGCGUUCUGGAGGAAGAUGAAGGAUUGAGGACUUGGCGACACGUGGAGCACAUCCCUAUGAAGGACUGGUGAGCUGAGCCUCUCUGUUGAGUGCUCAGGCGCACCGUGGGGUUCCUGUUCUCUGCAAGAAAUAGGACCCUUCCGUGGGUGUUGUCAGCACCCAUCCCUGUCCCAGCUCUUGCCAGAAAGUAGUGGUGCCAUGGUGGCACCAUUAGCAACCCCUCCAGGAACUGCCCCACGGGCUUUGAGGUGCCCUCCACAGGUGCACUGCGGAACUGCAGCUUGUCAGUGAGCAAUAACUUUAUAUAUGAAUUCUUGUAGCGUUUUGGUAAUGAAACAUGUAUUUGGAAUACUGGAACUAAGCUACACUACCUAAUCUAAAUUAGAUUUAGUUUUGUUUUACGCUGAAUUCAAAUCUGUAUUUAUUGUUUUUUUUUUUUUUUUGUUUUGUAUCUUGGAAAUUAGAGACUUGCUGUAGGCUUACCCAUACUAUUUGUCAAGGUCAUAGAUGAGUUGAAAAACAAUUGUAAUAAACUUUUUUGACUC